CUCUCCUGAUCCUGCUGUACGUCACCCUGUCCCGCAGCAUGAAGACAGUCUCCAAGAGAGGCUCAGUUGACCUCUGUACAGACUGGUCGGUGGAUUACCUGAAGUAUCGUGUGCUGCAGGGAGAGCCUGUGAGGCUGAAGUGUGCCCUGUUCUACGGCUACAUCCGGGCCAACUACAGCCAGGCUCAGAGUGUGGGCCUUAGCCUCAUGUGGUACCGCAGCUCUGGCCUGGGCCACGGAGACUUCGAGGAGCCCAUCUCCUUUGACGGCGUGCGCAUGAGCAAGGAGGAGGACGCCAUCUGGUUCAGACCGGCCGACCUGCAGGACGUGGGCCUCUACUCCUGCGUGCUACGGAAUUCGACCUACUGUAUGAAGGUGUCCAUGUCUCUCCACGUGGCUGAGAAUGACACAGACCUCUGCUACAACUCUGACAUGAGACAUACGGAGAAGGCCGAACUCAGCAAGAGCAAAGACAUCACCUGUCCAGACAUAGAGGACUACAUAGAAGCUGGGAAAGACCCUGAUAUCACCUGGUUUAAGGAGUGUCGUCCGAAGCAGUGGCGGGCCUCCAUCCUCCAGAGAAGAGACACUCUGUCCAUCAGAGAGGUCAAAGAGGACGACAUCGGCAACUACACCUGUGAGGUCACCUUUGGGGGCUUCGUGGUACGCAGGACCACUGAGCUCUCCGUCACAGCUCCUCUGACUGACAAGCCACCAAAGAUCCUUUAUCCUUCUGAGAACAAGAUCAGCAACUUGGAGCUACAGCUAGGAAGUGCCCUGAACCUGACGUGCAGAGCGUUCUUUGGCUACGCAGGGGACGCCAGUCCUCUCAUCUACUGGAUGAAGGGAGAGAAGUUCAUCGAGGACCUGGAUGAGGAGAGAAUCGAAGAGAGCGAAAUCAAGGUGGUCCGGGAGCACCUGGGGGAACAGGAAGUGGCCAUCUCCUUAACGAUCCACUCGGUGGAGGAGGGGGACCUGGGAAACUACUCCUGCUAUGUAGAGAACGGCAACGGGAGACGGCAGGCCAGCAUCCAACUCUCCAGAAGGGCAGAGCUGAUGUACACAGUAGAGUUGGCUGGUGGUUUGGGAGCCAUCCUGCUGCUGUUGCUCUGCCUCAUCUCUGUGUAUAAGUGUUAUCAGAUUGAGCUCCUGCUCUUCUACAGGAGACACUUUGGCAGCGAGGACCUGGAUGGAGAUAAUAAGGACUAUGAUGCGUACCUGUCCUACACUAAAGUAGACCCUGACCAGUGGAGUCAGGAGACCAAGGAGGAGGAGCGCUUUGCCCUGGAGAUCCUCCCUGCCGUCCUGGAGAAACACUACGGGUACAAACUCUUCAUCCCAGACAGAGACCUCAUCCCCACAGGAAGUAAGUGGUGUCUGGCCAAUGAGCUUUACCAGGAUGACACAAGACUUCUUAGAGCCUACAUUGAAGACGUGGCGCGCUGUGUGGACCAAUCCAAACGCCUCAUCAUCGUCAUGACGCCCAACUAUGUGGUGCGGCGUGGGUGGAGCAUCUUCGAGCUGGAGACACGCCUCCGCAACAUGCUGGUCACCGGGGAGAUCAAGGUGAUUCUGAUCGAGUGUGCUGAGCUGCGUGGCAUCAUGAACUACCAAGAGGUGGAGGCCCUCAAACACAGCAUCAAGACCCUUACCGUCAUCAAGUGGCAUGGCCCCAAGAGCAACAAGCUCAGCUCCAAGUUCUGGAAGCAGCUGCAGUAUGAGAUGCCCUUCCGCCGCACCGAGCCAAUGCUGAGCCACGAGCCAGCGCUGGAUGUCAGCGAGCAGGGGCCCUUCGGCGAGCUCCAGACCGUCUCCGCCAUCUCCAUGGCAGCCGCCACCUCCACCGCCAUGGCCACGGCUCACCCGGAGCUCCGCUCGUCCUUCCACAACUCGUACCACACCACCAUGCGGCAGAAACACUACUACCGCAGCUACGAGUACGACCUGCCGCCGGGGGGCACGCUACCGCCACUGUCAUCACUAGGCAACCAACACACCUACUGCAACAUCCCGCUGACGCUGCUGAACGGACAGAGGCCGCCGGCGGGGAAGAGCCGCGAGCACAGUCUGGAGGAGGAGCACACUAACCACGCCAUGCUGCCGCUGUUGCCCAGGGAGACCAGCAUCUCCAGCGUCAUCUGGUGACCGGGACGGGAUAGAACCAUACGACACUGGCGGUUUGGUCUGGUCUGGCCUGGUUUGGUCUGGUCUGGUUUGGCUUGGGAUGGAUCGCUUUGGAUCGGUUUGGUGGCGUAGUCACACUUCAAUGAGCCAGUUCUGAUUGGCUACUGAGAGAUUGUGAUGAGUUUGGUUUGGAAUGGACCCCUGUGAACAGGCAAGACAGGGUCAGGGCAGGUUUGGUUUUUAAUGUGGCCCUCAUGUACACAGAGGAGAAGUUCUUCACCCGAGGAUUAAAGAUUCAAACUGACGACAACAAACUGUUUGAUCAAGAGACAACAAAGUUUGAUCAACAUGAACUCGUGAAUACAAAAUAAAAGAACCCACACACUUUGGCACUUGUGCACUUGCACAAACACACACACACAUACACGCACACACACUAAAGGAAAACAGGGUCUUGUAGAUAUAUUUCCAAUUUAUUUGUAGCAUCAGUGUCUUCCUGUUUUUUGUUUAUAUGUUGUUUUUUAUUCAAUCAUGUGUGUUGCCUUCUCUACUUUAAGACUUUGCUUUAACUUGUCACACAGAUUUAUAUAUUUCUAUUUUUUCUGUUUUUAUUUGUUUACAUUUUUUAUUUCGAUAUGCUUAUGAAGAAAGCCAGUAUGUCAUGUAUCUGCGCUGUUGUGUUUUCUUUUCUUUUUUUUCUUUUCUUUUUUUAACUUUUAGGGAAUUGCUUGGACAUUGCAAUGUUUUACUUCAAGGAGCAGCAUCUUAUUUUUGUUGACCUGUAUAAGGUGUAUAUCUAGUUUUAAAAACACUCUUUAAAAAAUCAUAGAAUAUGCAAAAAGAAGGAGGAGCUACCGGUGAUGUUGAUGUAACUUCCUGUGGGCCAGAGGAAGGGGAGAAGUUAGGGAGUCGUGCUAGUCCUCUCCAGUCAGUCUGUCAGUCAGUCAGAGCUUCAUAUUUUCUAUAAAAAUAAACAGCCUUGCUGUUUUAGCGUGAUAGUGAAAUGCCUCACCUUAAAAAUAAAUCUGUAGAUUAUUUUAAAAAUAAGUAUAUUUUUAUAACAAAAAGAGUUUGCUUGGGAAGUCAUACUUAUUUACGUUUCAUCUGACAUUUAGGGGGAGGUAGACGUGUGUGUGUUAUGCAGGUUUUGUACACUACUUUGCUAUGUGGGUCAUGGUUUGUUAAGACAACAAGAUGGAUUUUGAGUCCCUCAUGAACAAAAAUCUUAGAUUCAAAAAGUAAAUGCAUUUUCAAUGUUUUGGUUGAGUUGUUGAAGUAUUCUUCCCAUCCUGAGAAUUCUUGGUUUUUAAUCCAUACGAUAGGUGAUGUUUAAAGAAAGAAGAAGCGUAUGUUUGUGCUUUGAAAUACUUUUUUUAUUAUAUUUGAAGGUGUAAUUUCUGAGUAUGCAUAGCAAAUAGAUAUGUAUUCUAUAUAUGAUAUAGAUAUUUAUAUAAAUAUAUAUAUAAACACGAUUUUCACUUGGAAAGAAAUGUCUAUCUUUAUAGAAACACAAUCAUACUUAUCAGUUCCCCUUACUUUCUCACUGCACAUU